UCCGAACGCGGACGUAGCGUACUAACGUUCCGGGAUCGCGCUGUGGGGGCAGCACGGGCGCACGUGGGGAGAGCCCCCGAUCUGGGCUCGCAGUGCGUCUGCCUGCCAGGGGGACUCGGAAGGCGGGCCGGUCCGGCCCGGCGGGACGCUCCCUUCCCCCGCCAUGGCCCUGCUGCCCCGCAGCGCGCGGGACUUUGGCUCGGCCCAGUACUGGGAGCGCUUCUUCCAGCAGCGCGGGCCGCGCGCCUUCGAGUGGUACGGCGGCUACCUGGAGCUGUGCGCGGCACUGCACAAGUACGUGCGUCCCCGCGACAAGGUUCUUGUAGUGGGUUGCGGCAACUCCGAACUGAGCGAGCAGAUGUAUGACGUGGGCUACCAGGACAUUGUGAACGUAGACAUCAGUGAGGUUGUGAUAAAUCAGAUGAGGGAGCGGAAUGCCCACAGGAGGCCGAAGAUGAGCUACCUGCGGAUGGACAUGCUGCAGAUGGAUUUCCAGGACGCCCAGUUCCAGGUGGUAUUGGACAAGGGCACCCUAGAUGCUAUCCUGGUUGAUGAAGAGGAGGCCACCCUUGAAAGGGUGGACAGGAUGUUUGCUGAGAUUAGCCGGGUGCUGCAGGUUGGAGGCCGCUACCUGUGUAUCUCCUUGGCCCAGGCCCAUGUGGUGAAGAAGGCGGUGGGCUACUUCUCCCAGGAAGGCUGGAUGGUGCGCGUUCACCAGGUCUCGGGCAGUGAGGACGGAGCGGCCAAGCAGCAGUUUGUUCUGCCCAUUUUUGUCUAUGUCAUGACCAAGUUCAAGAAGAUCCCAGGUUCGGUUCUUCAGAUCCUUGAGAUCUGCACUGAGGAGCAGGACAAGCCUGUGCGGGUGGAGAGUGCUGAGCAGCUGGUCGAGGCAGUAAAGGAGAGGCAGCUGUAUGCUCUGCUGCGCAGCCAGCUGAAUAAAAACCCCAGCACGAGCCACGUCUCCCUGGAUCUGUGUGAUGCAGAUGCCGGGAAACCUCGGUACACUCUGCACGUGGUGGACAGCCCCUCAGUGAAAGCCUCCCGGAACAAUCACUUCGCCAUCUUCAUCAUACCGCAGGGCAGAGAGACCGAGUGGCUCUUUGGGACGGAGGCGGGUCGGAAGCAGCUGGCUGCCAGCGCAGGCUUCAGGCGGCUGAUAACAGUGGCCCUGCACAGAGGUCAGCACUAUGAAGGGAUGGAAGGCAUCCAGGCAGAGCUGUCGGGGAAGGUGAUGGAGCUGGCGCCACCCGGCCUCCCGUCCCAGCAGCAGGUGCCGUUUCUCUCUGUAGGGGGGGACAUCGGGGUCCGUACCAUUCAGCACCAGGACACCAGCGCCAUGAGCGGGGAAUACCUCAUUGAGGACGUAAAAGGGGACAACAUGUGCUAUUUCCGGCGGCUCAUCUUCCUCAGCAACAGGAAUGUGGUGCAGUCGGAAGCCAGGCUGCUGUCCAGUGCAGCCCCUAGAGGCCAGAAGAAGCGGAAGAAGGACAAGAAGAAACAGGCAUCUGGCUCCACCGAGGCCCCCCCAACAUCAGCUUGCCAGACCAUUGACAGGAGCUACCUCUGCUGUGAACACCAUAAGGCCAUGGUUGCGGGACUGGCUCUGCUGAGAAACCCUGAGCUCCUACCAGGAGCCCAGCUCUCGGUGCUGGUGAUCGGGCUGGGCGGGGGCAGCCUGCCUCUCUUCAUCCACGACUAUUUCUGCCAGUCCCGCGUCGAGGCGGUUGAAAUCGACCCCUCCAUGCUGGAGGUGGCUACCCGGUGGUUCGGCUUUUCCCAAGGCAACAGGAUGAAGGUUCACAUCUCGGACGGCCUGGACUACGUGGCCGAGCUGGCAGCAGCGGCGGCACCAGCCCGGUACGAUGCUGUCAUGUUCGAUGUAGACAGCAAGGAUCCCACCCUGGGAAUGAGCUGCCCGCCCCCAGCCUUUGUGGAAACGUCCUUCCUGCAGAAGGUUAGAACCAUCCUGGCACCGGAAGGUGUUUUUGUGCUCAAUCUGGUGUGCCGAGACUCCCUGCUCAAAGACUCAGUUCUGGCUUCCCUCAAGGAGGUCUUCCCUCUGCUGUACGCCCGGAGGAUCGAGGGGGAGGUCAACGAAAUCCUGUUCUGCCAGCCGCACCCUGAGGGGAAGCUGGCUGCCCCGGAGCUCCUGGAGACAGCUAGGACUCUGGAGAGGACUCUGAGGAGGCCCGGCCGAGCGUGGGAUAGCUCCUACGUUCUGUCGGACAUGCUGAAGGCAGUGGAGAUCGUGUGAGGGGGAUGUUCUGCCUCAUCUGGGUUACCCGCCUGUGCUCUCGGUUUGGAGAGAGGAGCUGAAUGCAGUUGUGCCGUCUGACUGUAGACACUGCAAGUGAAGAAUGGUGCCCUCCACCGCCUCACAUACGCGCUCCUCCUGGCUGCUAAGGCCGGCAUGGUGCACCUUGAGCAGCCUGUCCUAGGGGAGGCGGGAUCCUGGGAGGGAAAGCCUCCCUCUGGGGGAAAAAGGGAGGCUGCCAGCCAUAGUGAAAGGACGGGGGUGACCCCUGCGCUCCCCAAAAGGGUCUCAAGGCAACGGCCAAUGGUGUAAAGUUCUGUUCCUUCUCCGAGUGGCUGUGAGCCAGCUGAUUAGGGGAGUGGGGCCUGGUCUAGCUCUACUCCUUCGGCUCCUUAUUGCUGUGGAGGCCAGUCCCCUGUGCGCCAGCACCGGGUGUUUGCUGCGGGAGCCUCCCCCGCUCUCUGCUUUUAAAAUAA